GCUUCGGGUGGCAACGGUCUGGUUAUGUGUCUUGGGAAUCGAUCUUACUCGCCCUCACCCUCAGGAAGGACAACAUUGCAUAUGACGACACCUGGAGGACACCGAGCAAGAGGAAAGGAGAGGAUGCUGGAAGGAAGGUUCAGAAUUGGCUGGGCUGUUAAAAUGCCUUACAAUGAACUGCCUACUAUCAACACAUUAUCACACACACACACAUACACACACACACACACACAUAUGAUGAGAUCUUCAUAUUGAGGCAGUGAAGAGCAACCUAACCUCAUCAUCUUGUGAAGGAAAACUGCUUAGAAGAAGAAGAUGCUGUACAAAUCAGUCUCCCGGCAGUCUCCCUUGGCCAGUCUGCGUCGUGAGGUCAGGCUGAGGCGCCACAGACAGUCACUGCUGCUCUAUGUCCAUCUGCCUGACCCCAGCGACCCCUUGACCAAGUACAGCGACUGCCACUUUGAGGAGCUCUUCAGGCUGACCAAGGCAUCAUUCCGGGAGCUGCUCACCAUCAUCCAGGGUGACCUAGACCGCUGGGACAACCGUGGCCGCCCUCUACCGCCACCCUACCAGCUGCUCCUCGCACUGCACUUCUACGCUACCGGCUCACUGCAGAAGGAGAUCGGGGAGCGUCACGGGCUGGCAGUGAGUCAGCCAACUGUCUGCCGCACCAUCCAGCGAGUGUCCGAGGCUCUGGCACGACGCUACGAGGAGUUUGUGGUGUUCCCGUCCAUCAGUGAAGCCCCGGACAUACAUGCAAGAUUCUACGCGACAUCACACUUCCCAAACAUCAUUGGGGCCAUCGCCUGCACCCACAUAAGGAUCUCCAACCCGGGGGGGGCCAUGGCGGAGCAGUGCCGUAAUACUCAAGGUUGGCACUCCCUUAAAUGCCAAGUGGUGGUGGGGCCAGACCUGCGCAUCCUGACAGCAACCACUCGUUUUGGCGGCAGUGUCCCGAGCCACCUUAUCUACGAGAGGUCAGGGCUGCGUCGGGUGCUUGAGCAGGGGGAGUACGGGCACCUGGUGGGGGGCAGGGGGUACCAGUGCACGCGGUACCUCCUCACACCCAUCCCCAGCCCCUCCACGCAGGGCGAGAGAAGGUACAACCACGCCCAUGCUGCCAUAUGCCAUAGGGUGCAGUCUGCCAUUGGGUUAGUCCAGCGACGGUUCCAAUGCAUGGCGAGGGAGCUCCGUUCGAACCCCAAGACGUCCUGCGCUGUCAUCCUGUCCUGCUUUGCCCUCCACAACUUCCUCCUGCAGCGUCAAGGCCCAGGGGAGGUCUCCGAGGGUCCAUGUGCCCCCGAUGACGGCCCACAGGAAAGGUUCGCCGGGGAAAGUGAGAGUGAUGCUGAAGGGGAGUCCUACAGGUGCCACGUCCUGCACGAGUGGUUCAGCGACGAGGCGGAGGACCAGGAGACUCACCUUGGCCCUUCAGAGAGUGUUGUGUCACCCAACCUGCCCUGAUGUCUGCUUCAUAGACCUCCUUGAAGAUUGAGACUCUGGCACUCCUCUCCCCUGCACGCCUUGGCCCUCUCUCCCUCCUCCCUCCCUCACAGGGGUGUGUGUGGGUGUGAUGUCUGUGGCAGCUCUCCAACAUGCUGCCGGGAUAGUGAGACUGACACCUUGCAGACAGCACUGGGAGGCCAAGGUGUCCAUCACAUGCUGUUGGGAGAAAAGGCAUCGUCAUUAACUUGCAAGAAAGUUCCACGGACUCAAGACGGAAGUUACUGAGGAAACACGUCUUGUAUUGGUGGCUCCCUUGGUAUGCCAUGCUCCGUUCACUUCAACCAGAUUCCCAGCUCCCAGCUGAGAAAGUAAGGAUGCUGCUGUUGGUGGGCUCUGAACAUAUGUGACUGUUGGGCUGCAAGACUUAACCCCUUGACUGCGGAUUUCCUACAAGAAGACCUCACCAAGCUACAGGAAUGGAGCAAAAAGUGGCUGCUACAAUUCAAUGAAGAAAAAUCUAAAGUCCUGUGCUUGGGAGGGGAUAUCCAGCAUACCAGUACCACAUGGGAAACACUCCACUAUCCACCACAGAGGUGGAGAAUGACCUAGGAGUAUGUGUUACCAGGCUACCAGACAAAUCAGCAGCUUCCUUACUGACUCAGCAAGGGAGCCAGUUGAGGUGAAUGGACUAUAUAGUUCUUAGGGCUGACCAUUUGUAACACUGUUUGGAAAUGUGUGUGGAAGACUUGGAAUAAAUUUGAGGGACAGUCUUAUGGGUUUACUUUAAUCAAAAAGCUUGCUGUUUUUCUCCGGAGCCUUGAAGAGGUAGUUAUGACUUAGUACAGUUUUUAAGGCCUGUUUUUGGCCACUUUUUGCUGUUUUUAUUGUGGAAAACUUGUAAUAUUGGCAUUAGGACAAUUUUUAAGGCCUGUUUUUAGCCACUUUUUUGCUGUUUUUAUUGCAGAGGUCUUGUAAAAUUGGCAUUAGUACAAUUUUUACGGCCUGUUCUUAGCUACUUUUUGAUAUUUUUACUGCAGAACACUUGCAAAAUUGUUAUGAAAUCUGUAUCAGUAUGAAUAAAAUGUCUAAAAACUUCCACAAAUAUAAAUCAAACAGGAUUAAAAACUGAAUUAAACCUUAGCAAAGUAAUACAAAGUGAUGUAUCUUUACUGGAUAAAGUAUUGUGGAGAUGUUUUAAAUAUGCUGAGCUGAUAAUUAAGAAAUAUAUUGAAAAGUUAUAAUAAAACGUUUUACUGGA